AUGUCGACAUUCGAUACACAAAAGACUAUGUUGAUCUUUGGCGCCACCGGCAAGCAAGGCGGCGCUGCCAUUGACAACAUCCUCUCACACUCUCCUGACUCUGCCUUCCAUCUCAUUGCAGUCACCCGUGACGCUACCAGCCGCAAAGCUCGAGCACUUGCAGCUAAUCCCAAGAUAUCUGUUGUUGAGGGCGAUUUGGACAACGUCGGUGCAAUUUUUGCCAAAGCUGGACCAGUAUGGGGCGUCUACAGUAUACAGAUCAAUUCAGACUCAGAAGAGCAACAAGGCAAAGCUGUCGUCAACGCCGCCGUACAGCAUGGUGUCCGGCACUUUGUCUACUCCUCUGGAGAUCGCGGUGGGCCUGAGCGAUCACCCAACAAUCCAACCUACGUCAAGAACUUUGCCGCGAAAUACGCCAUUGAGAAGCAUCUCGAGCAGCAGGCGCGUGAAAGCGUACAGCAAAUGACAUACACUAUUCUCCGGCCAGUAACCUUCUUCGAGAACAUCACGACUGAUAUCCACGGAAAGGGCUUCGCCCGAAUGUGGGAGCAGAUGGGAAGCAAGAAGCUCCAGAUGGUGUCGACUAAAGACAUUGGCUGGUUUGCGGCUCAGAGUCUUAUCUGGCCCGACAUGUACAGGAAUAAGGCGUUGACCCUUGUGGGUGAUGAGCUCACACAGCACGAGGCAGAUGCAAUAUAUCGUCAAGUCAUCGGCCAGGGGAUGGCUCUGGCGCCUUGUCCGGUUGCGAGCGCGGUCAAGUUUGUGUUGAAGGGGUCUGUUGGUGAUAUGUUCAAAUGGUUUGCAGAUGAGGGAUAUGGUGGGGAUGUGAACGAGUGCCUUGGUUAUAAUCCUGGGAUGCAGGAUUUUAGGGCCUGGUUGGAAGAGAACAAGAGGAAUUUCGAAAAGAAUGGUUCAUAG